UUUUCCAAAGCAAACAUGAAGCAUUGUUGGGCAAUCGGAACUCUACUCUUAGCAAGUGUCCUUAUGGGCAAUGCCUGUCGACAUACUUGCGUUUCUCGGAAUCUUUGUUUGUAUGAGGAGCCAUUAUUUGAUUACCGCCACGGUACAUGUGGCAAUAACAAAAUUUGUUGUGCAAUUCUCCGAAAGCCUACAGGUGAGAUUUCAAUUAAACCAAAUGGCCCCGAAGAUAAAAAGGUUGGAGUAAACGGAAUAAAUGUACAACCAUCGCCUACACGCGAACCCACAAGGGAUCGCAACGAAUUCGAUUUGAUUGCGUGGAAUUCAAUACCAAACGGUGCUAAUCCAACAACCAUCGUUGGGCAUCCAACAAACAACGGAGGGAACCAAAAAAUCAACGGAGGGAACCCAACAAGCAACGAAGGGAAUCCAACAAACAACGGAGAUAAUCCAACGUCUUUCGGGGGGCGUCCAACAAACAACCUUGGGUAUCCAACAAACAAUGGUAUGCACCCAAAAACCAAUGUUGGAAGCUUAGAUCCUUUUUCACCAGGUUGCGGCAUGAACAACGCAAAUGGCUUGCAGAUGAUAGAAGGAAUCACCACGGAUCAUGCACGACCAGCUCAGUAUCCCUGGGUUGUUGCACUUUUCCACAAUGGAAUGUACUUGGGUGGCGGAUCCCUGAUUCAACCAAAUGUCGUUCUAACAGCAGCUCACCGGUUAAUUUCAGUCGAAAGCGGUCUUGCGGUCAGGGCCGGCGAUUGGGAUUUGGCAUCCGAUCAGGAGACAUUUUCAUCUGAGCUGCGCGAAGUGACAAGGGUGGUAAUCCAUGAUGGAUUUAGCUUCACAUUGGGUGCCAACAACUUGGCGUUACUUUUCCUCAAUUCGCCCUUCAAACUGAGUGACCACAUUAGAACUAUCUGUUUGCCUACACAAAAUAAGUCGUUCGAAGGACGUCGUUGCACGGUGGUCGGUUGGGGCAAAAUGAGAUUUGAGGAUCAAAGAUACUCCACCGUUCUGAAAAGAGUUGAGUUGCCCGUGGUAAACCGGACUGUAUGCGAGAAUCUCUUGAGGUCGACCAGGAUGGGCGUAAACUAUCAGCUGCCCGAGAACAUCAUUUGUGCCGGAGGCGAGAUGGGACGCGAUGCCUGCACCGGGGAUGGAGGAUCGGCCCUGUUCUGUUCAAUCGGAGGGGAGAACUCUGGUGUCUACGAGCAGGCUGGAAUAGUGAACUGGGGCAUUGGGUGCGGCCAGCAGAGCAUUCCGGCUACAUAUACGGAGGUGUCGAAGUUCACAAAUUGGAUUGCCGAGAAGGUACUGCCUUUUGAUUACAGACGUAGAUUCAAUAUGUAAAUGAUUCAAUGACGUAAAUGAUUCAAUAAAUGAUAAAAGCGCUUUAAAGUUUACUUUAAAGCAAACAAAUUGUAUUUUGUAA